CAGACAUUGGUCAUGAGCCGUUGUACACCAUUAUCAGUCCUUGUACUGAUCCUUGCAGCAGCUGUUCAGGCAUGUCCAGUGCAACAUCCAUGUUAUUGUGGUGCCAUCAUACACUGUAACCGACUUCAGCUGACUCAAGUACCACCAAUAACAGCUUCCGAUAAUCUAUACACUGUAUUUGACAUUUCUCAUAAUAACAUCUCUCAAAUUCAACAAGAUGCAUUCAAGGGACUGAAAAUUUCCGUGUUGGAAAUAACAAAUAACCCCAUUUCGACUGUUGAAGAAGGUGGUUUUGGUGGUCUGGAACAUUAUCUGAAACGGUUGUUGGUAUCUCAUACCACUUUGAAGAGUCUACCAAAGUCGAUGGGAAAUCUGCAACAACUAGAUAGACUAGAUAUUGGAUUUAAUCAAAUUACGUCAAUACCAGAUGAAGUAUUCCAAGGAAUAGGAAACAGUUUACAGUUGUCCAUGGGAAACAAUAACAUAGUUACUAUUGCUGAUGGUUUACUGGCUGGAAUGAAUGAGACCAUACAAGAACUCGAUAUUAGCAACUGUAGUCUCAUCAACGUCCCGAUAGCAACCUUCGUUAAUCAGAAGUCCAUCAAUAAGCUUGACAUGUCCAACAAUCGUCUCCAACUUCUGGAUAAUUUUGCCUUCAGUCAGUUGGAAAGUGUUCAGGAAAUAAAGCUGGACAAUAACCCAAUAGUUAAUGUUAAGUCUUCAGCAUUUGAAAGAUGUGACAAACUGGCUCGAAUUUCUUUCAGGGGCUGCUCCCUGAGGAACGUACCAGGCGGUUCAUUGGGUAGAGCUAAAAGUUUGGAAUUUGUCGACCUUUCCCACAACACAAUUAGAAGUUUAACUGAUCAGGUAUUUCCAAGCUUAACACAGCUCAGGACUGUAAAUCUUACGGGAAACUUUCUGGGUACGAUAUCUAGACAGGCUUUUGAAUUACUGGAAUCUACGGAGACAAUUUAUAUGGACAGAUGUGGACUAGUAGACGUUCCAAGGGGUAUUCAGUCUGCUCCCAAACUCCGUGAAGUUAUACUGUACGACAAUAACAUCGCUUGUGAUUGUGAAUUGAAAUGGAUCUUAUCUUGGAAAGAAGCUGCGGGAUUAAUUCCAAGGAUAUUUGGUAGUUGCAGCGAAUCCAACGUUACUCUAGACCAUUAUACAAGAUAUGAACUUCAACAUUGCCCCUAACUACAUGAUAUAAAUAUCAUCUAUAGCACAAACCUAUGGGGAUAUUGGUUGUGUUUUUUUAUCUGUAAUUAUUUGUCUAUUAAUGUAUAAACUGAUCUCAAUCUUCGAAAUAUAAAGAAAUGAAUGAUUUUUAAAAUCGUAAUAAACUAAUAUCAGAAGAUACAAUAAAAAGUACAUUAUGCAUGG